GAACGUUGCAAGCAUGUCGGUAAAGCGCUACGUCGUCACUCGAGACCUUCCGGGCGUUGACUCAUUUUCGAACGAGCAAUUGAAAGAAGCUGCCCAGGUCUCGAACAAAGCCCUCGAUGAGCUCAAGGGCGAGGUACAAUGGGUGAACAGUUUUGUCGUAGCGGAUAAAACGUACUGCAUAUACCAGGCAAAGAACGAGGAGGCAAUCAAGAAACAUGCGGAGCUGUCAGGGUUUCCAGCAACGCACAUUGAGGAGAUCAAGACGCAGAUCAGUCCCACUACUGGCAGUUGACUGCCUCGUGAUUUUUAAAGGCAUAUGUGGGUCCAAAACCUGUUAAUCAAGGCCAAAUUGCCUGAUCUUAAGCCUCCUUAUGGAACAAUUGAGCUCUCCUCUGAACUGACCUGAUGACAGCAACUGCCUUCUUAUUGUGGUUUUGGGUUUUGCUGCCUCCUGUAUUUUGGAUAUUAUAUGGAACCUUGAUAAAGCGAGAUUCAGAAUCAUACAGCAUUGGAGGAGAUGAUUUCAGGUGUCACUGAUAUAAACUACUGUCCCACUGCACAUCCCCAAACAAGUGGCUGGUAUAUUCCUGCCCAAGUAAGUUGAUGAUGACUAAUAGAUGACUAAUAAAUUACUCAGGCCCAGCCUUGCAGCCUGUUGGAGCUCUGAAUGGAGUCUGCAAUGAGGUGCUGCCAAAUGACUCUGUGUGUACACCCAGCUCAUCCAUGUCAUCAGGUGCUAUACUUGCUACUCCUCUUUCUGCUGGGCUGCAGCUGCUGGUGACUUUAUACUUCCAAGAGGAUUUUUUGGUGUAAGCCUGUGAAUGCCUGCAGCAGCUCCACAGCCUCACACAUCUAGCACUGGAGCAGCGAGCUUGAGGGCCAGAGCAUAUGCCUGACCCCUUGGGUAUAUGACCCUACACCCAACCAGAGAAGUUGCCGCCAUCGGCCAAGCCCCCUCCGCUUGUAGAAACUGGUGCCUCUGCGGUGCGUCCCUUAUAAUUAAGACAUCUCUCCAGGGUAUCUUGACUUUGAUGCCUAAAAGCCCUGUGAUGCACCAAUGAGUGCACUAGCCAGGACUGCAGCAUCACGCAGCAUCAUGCAUGCAUCGUCGCCUGAUGUGCUAGAUUUAGGUGUUAGAUCAGGUGUAUUAUGACCUGUGCGUGACGUUGAAACAUACUGAGAACUGGUUUGCAAUUGCAUGCAUGCGCAUUGGCAAAUUUUAAUAUAUUGGUGUUGCGCCUAGUAGGCCUCACGAGUGCUAUGAUAUCUUUCUUAAGGUGUGAAAUGCACGGAAUGCUGAAUUGCAAAUGAG